AUGUCUUCUAUUCGUAAGUCUACUCGUGUUCGUACUCUCACUCCCAAGAUGAGAACAUACAGUGCUAGAUCUAAGAGGUCUAGGUCCGAGGAUCUGCCCAUUAAAAGGAGAAGGAUAGUGGAUGAGGAAGAUAAUUCUGACAAGAUUGACCCAGUCGAGAAGUUAUUGAGCUUACCCAACUUGAACAAUGACAUCUUGGAUGAAGACGAAGAAGACGAAGAAGAAGAUGAAGAUGAAACCAGAAACGAAUUGGUGCCUCCCAACUUCACUAAGAUUUUGCAUGACAACAUCAGAUCGUACUAUUCUAAUUUCCGCAAGUCUCCCAUUGAAAUCUACAAUGACAACUCGUCGUUUGCAUUCCUUAACAAGAAGGAAGAACCCGAUCAACGCUGCCACUGCUACAAUGUUCCAUUCUUCAGGAAUGUGAAUUUCUCAGGCUCUUCCAGAAGCGAUUACACAAUUGAUGACUACUUUUCUUACGACGAACUCACAGAUAACGACACUGAAGAGUCGUUGUCUCCUACAGACAAGCCUGGAGUCAAGGAAGUGUCGCCAGCUACAUCCACGUCUUCGGUAUACUUUCCAGACUCCUUCAAUAACAAGAUGAGCUUCCACUACAGACACAACCACAGCAACUUGAAUUUGUCUGAUGGAUUUGACUCGGGUGCCGACAUCUUCAAAUACUUAAACAAGAGGUCUGUGUUGUCUGGCAAGGCCAGCGAGAUGGUUGGCACAGGGAAGUUUUUGAUCAACGAUUUUUUCUUGUAA